CCCGAGAUCGACGAGAACACAGUCCAGAGUCUCACCGAGCAGCAGCGCAAGGAGUAUGCACAGAAGCCGAAAGAGGCCGGCAACAAGGCUUAUGGGGCCAAGGACUUUGAGAAGGCCAUUGGGCUCUACUCCAAGGCUAUUCUCUGCAAGCCGGAUCCCGUUUACUACUCCAACAGGGCCGCCUGCUAUAAUGCGCUGAGCCAAUGGGACAAGGUCGUCGAGGACACCACCGCCGCCAUCAGCCUCGACCCAGAGUACAUCAAAGCGCUCAAUCGCCGUGCCAAUGCCUACGACCACCUGGGCAAGUACAGUGAGGCGCUCCUCGACUUCACCGCGAGCUGCAUCAUCGACGGGUUCAGGAACGAACAGAGCGCGCAGGCCGUUGAGCGUCUGCUCAAGAAAUUCGCCGAGACGAAGGCCAAGGAGAUCCUCGAGACCAAGCCAUCCAAGCUUCCGAGCUCUACCUUUGUCGGAAACUACCUGCAGAGCUUCCGCACCAAGCCCCGACCCGUCGGCCUGGAGGAUUCAGUCGAGCUGUCGGAGGAGACCGGCAAAGGUCAGCUGCAGAAGGGCUUGAAGGCAUUGGAGAGCAAGACCGGACCGGGUUACGAGGAGUCUGCCGAGGCUUUCGAUAAGGCUUUGGAGCUGGGCGAUCUCGGCGAGCACGAGGCGUACGCUUAUAACCUUCGUGGCACCUUCCGGUGCCUAAAGGGCAAGCAUGAGGAUGCCCUGGCCGAUCUUUCCUCUAGUACUCUUAGUACGUUACUCAUUUCAAACUCUGUGACCAUGAUAAUGGAAGUGCGCCCUAAGGUACAGCACUCCCAUAGCAUAGAUUGCGAGCGCGACCGACGCUAG